AUGGCUUUCCAAAGGAGAAACAAACAGCCUCAAUCCCAUAGAAACUUCCGGCCGAAAGCCCAUUUUAUUGGUCAAAUUCACCAAAAGCCCCUCUCUAGAAACCGCGUCUUCCUUCUGUCAUCUUUUGUUCUUUUCCAAUUCUUCGAUGAAUAUGAUAUAUCUAGAGAUUUAAAAUUUUAUAAGCUGGCUGAGAUCGCUGCAAGAGUUGUUGAGGAAGACGAUGAUUUCGAGUUUGCAUUCGUGUGUCGAGACCCAGAGAUGUCCCCGGUGUCGGCGGAUGACAUCUUUUACAACGGACAAAUCAAGCCCACGUAUCCAGUUUUCGACACCAGCUUGCUCAACAACAUUGAUCAAACUCCUAAUGUGAAACCACGGUCCCGUCGUUUACCAUUGAUAGAACUCAUGAGCGAAGAACGCGAACCUGGUGAACUCGACAGGGUGACGCCGGGGACUUACUGUGUCUGGACACCAAAGUCAGAAACAUUGGCAAAGAUUGAUACCGGAAGAUACGAUGAGAGCGAUUCGAGUGGGACUUUGUCGACGAAGAGAUGGAAGCUUAAGGACUUGAUUUAUACAAGUAACAGAGACGGUCAAUGUGGUUCUAACCGAGAUGUGAAAGCAGGGGACAUGAAAAGAUCUCUUAUGCCUAACAGGAAAGACUUGGUGGGAAUAUUUUCUAAUAUCAAUGGCUUGAGCAGGAGGUUGCAUCCAUUUUGAAUAUGAUUAGUAUUUGCAUGUAUAGGAUAUGAUUAUGCU